AUGAAAACUGUUAUUUUUGCGCUAAUUUUUUUGUUUUCCACUUGUUCGCCAAAAGAUUUAACAACAGGUUUGACAACAGAUUACCUAGAGGCUUUAGGGUGAGUUUAAAAAAAAACUCACUUCGCUUCAAAAAUCUCCGAAUCUUGCAGCGCUCUUUAUAAUGGUGGCAAUGUUGUUAUCAAGUCUUUCAACACAAACAUGCAACGAAACUGUUUCUUUUCGCCUACUCAAUGCAUGAUGGAACCAGCAAAACCGAUCAAUAAAUUGGUUCACAAUGAUGCUUUUUGUUGA